GGAAGAACUAGCGGGGGCACCGGGGGGUGGGAUAAAGAGUUGGGAUGCCCACGGCUUGACGUUCUUUUUGAACUUUGGAUUUGGAUUCUUGUUUGGAUAUUGGUUUGGUCCCUUUCUCUACUGUGCCCCUUCCGCUACUGAGGUGCUUGCAGUUGUGAGGUCAUAGUGAGCUAGCUGGUAGGGAAUUGAUAUCACAUAUCUGGUAAUUUUGAUGUGUAUUGCUCAGCUACUGUACCUCUCCCCUAAACAAAAGUCAUAUGUAUUUCUUUGCAACAAACCCUCCUCCGAGGGAACAAACAAGCGAAUAUAUUAUGGCUUCAGAAACAGUCCUGCCAGAAAAUGACACCAGCAUCGGCACCAGCGGAAAAGAUUCAACAGCCCACCAAUCAGAUCCCGAAAAAGCACUACCUCCAAAAAUGGAUGAAUCAAAUAACUCAGAAUACAUGAACAAUCUGGAAAGACAGCAUGUAAGUCUUUAUAUCCCCACAUCUCAAACCUCUACCUUCCAACACCUCAACAGUCCCCUUCCAUCCAAAGCAUCUCCCAAAAAUCCAACGAGAUCCAACGAACAACAACAAAAACCAGUUUCCGAAGCGGCAAAAGUAAAUUAUCUCGGAUAGCAACAAACCUCACUUCUCUCAGCAAGAAAGAAGGAUUAGCACCCCAGCCUAUACCUCUCAUGGACCUCGACAAGGGACUUGUCGGGUGGGAAUCUCAAGAUGAUCCUGAGAUGCCUUUGAAUUUUGCCGAGGGGAGAAAGUGGUUACUUAUAUCGUUGAUUUCGAUGAGUACUUUCAUUUCACCACUUGCUUCUUCUAUGUUUGCUGUAAGUACUAUAUAUCCACCUAUGUGUAUGGGAGAGAUGGAUGGUCACUGAUUGUUUCUGAAGCCUGGAGUUCCGUUUAUGAAUGCGGAGUUUCAGAAUAGUGUUCUCUUGCUGGGCUCUUUGACCGUGAGUAUCUAUGUUCUGGGAUAUGCAGUUGGUCCAUUGAUUUUGGCUGUAAGUGCUUUGCAUCCCUCCUCGCUUACGAAUUCCGCAGGAGAAAAAAUAACAUAACUAACAUCAAUCAUAGCCUCUAUGCGAGAUCUACGGUCGUCGUUUCGUCCUAACCGGAGCCAACACCUUCUUCUGCCUCUGGCAAAUCGGCUGCGCUCUAUCACCGAACCUAGGCUCCCUCAUCAUCUUCCGUUUCUUCGCUGGAGUCGGAGGCUCAGGAUGUCUAACCAUAGGAGGCGGCGUGAUAGCCGACCUCUUUCACCCCGACCGCCGUGGACUGGCCAUGUCCAUCUACUCCGUCGGACCACUCCUCGGUCCUGUCAUCGGUCCCGUCUGUGGGGGAUUUAUCGCCCAACGGGCAGGCUGGCGAUGGGUCUUUUGGAUUCUGCUCAUAGCAGGAAGCGUAGUGACAGUCGGAAUCGAAUGCUUCAACCAAGAAACCAACCAUCGAGUGCUCAUCCAGCGAAAAGUCGCACGCCUCUCCAAGUCCCUCAACCACCCAGAUCUAGUAAGCUGCUACACCCCCCACGGCGCCCAAGCCCCCCUUGAAGUCCUAAAAUCCGGCCUGAUCCGUCCCAUAAAAAUGCUCUUCCUCUCACCAAUCAUCUGCCUCCUCUGCCUCUACAUGGCCGUCAUCUACGGACUCCUCUACCUCCUCUUCACAACCAUCACCACCGUCUUCACCACCACCUACGCCUGGCAACCCGAACUCUGCGGGCUGGCCUACAUCGGCCUCGGACUCGGCUUCCUCAUCGGCCUCGUCGUCGUAGGACGCAUCUCCGACCCAACCGUCGUCCGCAUGACACGCGCCAACAACGGCACCUUCGAGCCCGAGAUGCGGUUACCAGCCUGCAUCUUCUUCGCCUUCUUCAUCCCCACCUCUUUCUUCUGGUACGGCUGGGCCGCUGAAGCAGGCGUACAUUAUAUUGUCCCCAUCCUUGGUCUCAUCCCCUUCGGCUUUGGGAUGAUGGGGAUCUGGAUCCCGAUCCAGACAUAUGCCAUCGACUCCUUCCCGGAAUUCGCGGCGAGUGCUAUCGCUGCGUUGACGGUGUCGCGAAGCUUGUUUGGUGCUGUCUUGCCGCUUGCGGGGCCGGAUAUGUAUCAGAGGCUGGGUCUGGGGUGGGGGAAUAGUGUGUUGGGGUUUAUUGCGGUGGCGAUUAUUCCCGCGCCGAUGUUGAUUUUUAGGUUUGGGGGGAGGAUUAGGAGGAGGUAUUCGCUUGUGUUGUGAGGUUGAGUUGGGUUGUUGUGGGGUGUAUGUUUUUUGGGUUUGGGAACUGUUUAUAGAGGAGAGGAAGCCUUGCAUUGAGCGGGUGUUUUGGGUAUAUACGGAAAAUUAAGGGUGGUUUUUGGGUUAGGUGUUAUUAGCUUCUUUAUGGAAUAGUAUAGGAGGAUAGAUAGGUAAAUUAGGAAUAG